CUUCUCGUGCUAACACAUACAGAGUAGAGUCACUCACAACACAAGCCGAAGAGCGAAAAAAUGGCAGCAACAACUCUUUCCAUCGCAACCACAAUCCGCUCCUCCUCCUCUCACCUCACUCCCGCUUCUCCCCAUGUCUUCCCUUCCCGACCCAACCCAACCGCAUUUCCCUUUCGCCUCGGUUCAUCCUCCUCCACACUGACCCACCGCGCAACCCACCUCCGUCCCGUCGCCGCCGUGGAAGCCCCGGAGAAAAUCGAGAAGAUCGGAUCCGAAAUCUCGUCUCUCACUCUCGAAGAAGCCCGCGUCCUCGUCGACUACCUCCAGGACAAGUUCGGCGUCUCGCCUCUCUCCUUGGCUCCCGCUGCGGCGGCUGUCGCUGCUCCGGGAGACGGCGGCGGUGCUGCGGCUGCGGUGGAGGAGCAGACCGAGUUCGACGUGGUGAUCAACGAAGUCCCGAGCAAUGCGCGUAUCGCGGUGAUCAAAGCGGUGAGGGCGUUGACUAGCUUGGCGUUGAAGGAAGCGAAGGAGCUCAUCGAAGGGUUGCCGAAGAAGUUCAAGGAAGGUGUGACCAAGGAUGAGGCUGAAGAGGCCAAGAAGCAGCUUGAAGAAGCUGGCGCUAAGGUCUCCAUUGCUUAAAGUGGGUUUUUCUUUCUUUCUUUCUUGAAGGUUGUGUCUGAUUUGUUCCUUGUUGUGUUGUUUUAGCAUAUAGUUUGUGUCUGAGAUUACUAUUAUUGGUUAAGCUCCGAGAAAAUAUUAUAAUGUGAAUCAAUUUGCGUCA